AUGGCUAGCGACCGUGAAGAAAGGAGGAUGGAUUUCUGCUACAACUGCAAAGUUCACGUGAGGUCUCAAAGUUGCUUUGCAAACGAAGAUGACGCUGCUGUUGAACAAGAGGAUGGCAGUAACUCAGAACCACGAAAAAGUAGCAGAGAAGCACCCAUUUUAAACUACAAGAAGGUAGUCGCUCUAGCGAACACCUUCUCUUCAAAAGUUGCCGAGGUUAUGAAUUUUUGGGGAUACUAUGGCCCAAAAGGUGAAGCCUUUUAUGAGAAUGUAGGUAAUUAUUGUCUCACAAUUCUGCCAGAUCAUAUGUCAAGAUGUAGAAGAUGCCACUGUAUAUUCUCCAAUAAGAUUAAAUGUCGUUGUGCAGAAUGUUCUGGCGAUACAACACCAAGUCACUAUCUUAUUGUUAUGCACGGAGUUUUAUCAUCUCCAAUUGAUAUGAUUCACGUGGUAAAAACCAUUAUGGAACGAUACCCAAAGUUGUUUAUAUAUCUACCAUCCUGUGUAGCGGGGAAAAGUCUACUAGGUUUAAAUUAUGUAUUAAAGAUUUUAUCGCAGGAGCUGCGGAUUCUAUUUUCCAAAAUUCCAAAAACUGUACAUAUGAGCAUGUUAGGUCAUUCCUUUGGAGGGGUACUAUUAAGGUAUUGGCAUAUGUUUUAUGUUAAAGGCUCACUUCAUGAGCUGGAAACACCAAGGUGUUAUGACCAUGUAGCCCAAAUUUCAGCAGAAGACGAAAUGUUUACAGAUGCAAAAAGUGGAGAAGAGUUCUUUGAUGUUUCUGAAGCUGACUUUGGAGGCAUUGAAGUUACAUGGAAAAAUUUUAUAACAUUGGCAACUCCACACGCUGGAAUUUAUGAAAAUUCCCUAGGAUUCAGAAAGUUUGUAAGUCUAAUAGGCUCUCAAACUGUAAGCGAAUUGGAAAAUGAGACAGUCGAUUUACUCUACCUAUUAGGAGAAUAUGGAAUAAACAGUAUAGGCAAGUUUGAGAAUGUCUGCAUAUACGGAAAUAUAUCCGGAGAUUACAUGGUUGCUCCUAGAACAUCAAUUAUACUACCAUACUGGGCGUACCCGGAAAAAGUUGUCAGCUUUUUUGCCAAAGUCACGGAAAAGGAACCUGGAAUUCCUCAAAAUGUGAAUGAAAUGUAUGCAGAAUAUAAAGCAAAUGACAAGGAAAAACCCUGCAAAAAAUCAAAGUUUGGAACAAAGGAAGAGUGUAUAGAACAUUUUAUCAACAAAUUCUAUCACAUUACUGCAAAACGUAUCAACAACACAAAACAUCUCAGCUAUCUGCAAAGAUGCACAGCAUGGGAUUCACAUGAGAAUCUUGACAAUGUAAAUAUAUUAGAGUGCCUCAAAGUGUUUUCUAAAAAAGAUUUGGAUAAUAUAACCUCAGUUAUAACAAUCAUUGUCAUGAACGCAUCUGAGGACCAUCUAAAUAACAUGGAUGGAUCAGAUAAACUGCUCUAUACAGAGAUAAUACUAUCACUUUUGUACAAACUUGGUACAUCCAGAUUCGCUGUAUAUAUACCCACCUUCCACAUACCUCAUAAAUCGAUUGUAUCGAAUAUAGAAACACCAAUGCAAAAUUAUUACACAGAACAAAUACUCAAACACGUCACAGAUAACUUUAUAAUAUAA